AUGGAUACCAUCAAGAACAACUCCACCGUUUCCGCUGUUGAGGUCAAGUCCUUCGAUGUCAACGCUGCCCGCGGAUCCGCCGUAAACACUGCCGUCAAGAUCUUUACCAUUGAUCAAGGGCACGUCAAUCUCCCCAGCGACCUCAACCCUCUCGACGCCCUCUCCAGCAUCCUCCGCAGUAUCUCAUCAGUCUUUGAGCUCGACGUCUGCGCCGACCUUGACCUGAACUGUCGCAACAUCCUCCACCGUAUCCUCCAAUCCAUCUUCGACACAAACACACAACUGCUUCUAGAACAGGAGACAUCCGAGUUUUUUGCAAACCUCAGCUCAAAACAAAAGGCUCGCAUUGUGGCCCAGGCCAUUGCUGCCUUCACCAUCAUCUUCCAGCGUCUAGCGCAGACGGGCGAGAAGGUUAACUAUGGCGUUCUCAACCGCGAGGCCCAAUUGUUCACCGAGAGCGAUCAGCGAGCUUUGAUGCAAAGCCUCAUCGAGGGCGAUAGCGUGUUUGAGGAUUGUGCGAAGAAGAGCGACAUCGCUGAGGCCAUCCUCACUACCAUGGACGCCGAUGAAGACGCCGCGAUACCUCAGCCCAUUGCCGCUGACGACAAGCAAGAUUUCAUGUUCUCACCCAGUGCCGCUCUGGAACACAAGAACAUGGGCGUUCCCUGGGGUUUCAGCAUCAUGACGAUCAACUAG